CGAAGGCAAGCCACAAGCCACUGAGCUUUGUUUUCUGCCAUAUACCCCCCACCAACCACGUCUAAACACGUUCUCCCUUUCGCGUUCCUGAAGAUUAACUUUGUUCGAUCUCGCCUUGUUCCGUGCGGGUGGCUCAGGGGCAUGCAUCUUCCUUUGUCCUUACAGGUUUCCGGGCGUCAAAAAGGCUUUGCCUACCAACGGCAUGAAGCAAAUCGAUGACUCUGCAUAGGCAUCGGACAUGGAAUUUCCAGGUUGGAGCCCACAGAAUAUUUUCUAAAACUCUUAUAAAACAACAAGCGUAGCCAUGUUUCAUUCCCUCUUUUUCUUUCCCCAGUCAGCUUCAGACAGUCCACGUCGAUCACUCAUCUCGAUCAAGUUCUUCCAGCCGUCUCACGUCUAAAACCCACAUCCAACCAGACAAACUCUGAAACAAAGACACAAAUCCCAAACACAAAUCCCAGACACCAUGUUAGCCAACGUCAUGACCGUCUUGGGCCUCACGGCCGCCACCCUCACCUCUGCCGCCGUCCUUCCUCCCGUCCGCCGCGGCGAAUCCAUCGGCAUCACUCCUCACGACAAGUACUCAUCCUCCGUAGGAGUUCUCGGCUGCAAAAUCGACAUUAACCGCGUAGCCUACUGGCCCUCGGCCGUCGACUGCAACAACAUUUGCGUCCGCGUGACCGCCAACGGCCGCUCCGUCACCCUCCUCAAGAUCGACAGCUCCACGGGCGCCUACGACAUCAGCUACGACGCCUACGCCUACCUCCAGAACGGCGUCGGUGCUGCCGGCGGAGCAGCCCUCGGUGGCGCCGUCGCUGCUACUUACGAGUUCGUCUCGCCUGAGGAAUGCAGGCCGCUUAUCAAGACACCAGAUGGCAAGCUGCCCUUCACGGCCGCGAACUCGAUGAACUUUAUCAACUCGUGCCAGGGUGGUAGUUGGGUGGGCAACAACUUCCAGCUUUAUAACGUUGCGGAUGCCCGGUGCCAGUGGGGCGAGGAUGUUCCGUGCAGUUUCCCUGAUUUGGCUGUUACCAACCAGCCGGAUUGCGGUGCGGGACAUGUUUUGGGCAUCCAAAAGGCAUUGCCGGCCGAGUAUGCUGUGGUGGAUAUCCCGUAUCCUAACUGA